ACUGUGCAGAAAACUAAGGGUCCCUGAAAACAUGAGGCAGUAUGUGACAAGGGUUAUAAAUUUAACACCUUUGCCCCUAAGGCAACCCAUGGGACGACCUACAUCUUCCAGGGUACCUGUACCCACUGCAUCCUCUGAGCAACCUCUGUCUGCUGCAUCCCCUGUGGAAGCACCUGUACCGGCCAGGUCCAAUGAGGGAGCACCUAUGUCCUGUGCAUACCCCAGGGAAGUACCUGUACCCUCCACAUCCUCUGAGGGAGUGCCUGUGCUUUCUGCAUUGCAAGAGGAAGUACCUGUGCCUGCUGCUUCCUCUGAGGGAGCAGCUGUGUCUACUGUUCCAGCCAGUUCCCAUGGGGGAUCAGCUAGAUCCAUCAGGUCCCACAAGGGAGCACACAGACUUACCACAUCCCCACAGGGGUCACCUCGGAAAAGGACAUCCCCAUGGAGCAAUGAAGCUUCAGACAAUGUAGGCAUGGUUCAGCUUCCUCUACUGAAAAAAACAAUGUAUGGACAAAGACUGCAUGGCCUCUCCAAGUUCUCAGCACAAUCUGAAGAGGCUGUGCCCAUGGACCACUGGAGACUCCGAUGAUGGAGAUGUGCUUCAGCCUCCUCCACUUAAGAAACGAUGUGUGAGAAAAGCCCAGUACCUAAAUAGCACACCUGUAAAAGUCAGUGC